UACUAGUUAGAAGCAGUAGCAGAGUUGAGUUGGUUAGAGCUAGAGAGACAGUGUCAUCUCUCCUUGUACAGACAGAAGAUGAGCAUCCCAAUCCCCACUCGACAGCUAUUCAUAAACGGAGACUGGAAAACCCCUCUCCAAAGCAAACGAAUUCCCGUCGUCAACCCUGCCACCGAACAGAUCAUCGGCGAUAUCCCUGCCGCCACUAAGGAAGAUGUCGACCUCGCCGUCGCCGCCGCCAAACACGCCCUCUCCCGCAACAACGGCGCCGAUUGGGCCUCCGCCUCCGGAUCCGUUCGGGCCCGCUACCUCCGCGCCAUCGCCGCCAAGAUCACCGAGAAAAAGCCUCAGCUCGCAAAGCUCGAAGCUAUUGAUUGCGGAAAACCUCUCGAUGAAGCCGCAUGGGACAUCGACGAUGUUGCUGGUUGCUUUGAGUUCUACGCUGACCUCGCUGAAAAAUUGGACGCUAAGCAGAAGGCUCCGGUCUCUCUUCCCAUGGAGACAUUCAAGAGUUAUGUUCUUAAGGAGCCGAUUGGGGUUGUUGGAUUGAUAACUCCGUGGAAUUAUCCUCUGUUGAUGGCUACGUGGAAGGUUGCUCCUGCUCUGGCGGCUGGUUGUGCCGCAAUAUUGAAGCCAUCUGAGUUGGCUUCUGUGACGUGUUUGGAGCUGGGUGAAAUUUGCAGAGAAGUGGGGCUUCCUCCCGGUGUGUUGAACAUUCUCACUGGAUUAGGGCCUGAAGCUGGGGCUCCUUUAGCGGCCCAUCCUGAUGUAGACAAGAUUGCCUUUACUGGAAGCUCAGCAACCGGAAGCAAGAUUAUGACGGCAGCAGCUCAGCUGGUCAAGCCUGUUUCACUAGAGCUUGGCGGGAAAAGCCCAAUCAUUGUUUUUGACGAUGUUGACCUUGACAAGGCUGCUGAAUGGGCCAUCUUUGGCUGCUUCUGGACAAAUGGUCAGAUAUGCAGCGCAACUUCUCGCCUUAUUGUACAUGAAAGUAUAGCAACAGAAUUUUUGAAUCGGAUUGUGAAAUGGACCAAAAACAUCAAAAUUUCUGAUCCCUUGGAAGAAGGUUGCAGACUUGGCCCUAUUGUCAGUGAAGGGCAGUAUGAAAAAAUAUUGAAAUUUAUCUCAAAUGCCAAGAGUGAGGGGGCAACCAUUUUGACUGGUGGGUCUCGCCCAGAGCAUCUAAAGAAGGGGUUCUUUGUUGAACCAACUGUCAUAACUGAUGUGACUACCUCCAUGCAAAUUUGGAGAGAAGAAGUAUUUGGACCCGUUCUCUGUGUAAAAACAUUUAGCACCGAGGAAGAAGCUAUUCAUCUAGCAAAUGACACUGUUUAUGGCUUAGGUUCUGCUGUAAUAUCAAAUGAUCUAGAAAGAUGUGAGCGCAUUACUAAGGCUUUUAAGGCUGGAAUUGUAUGGAUUAAUUGCUCUCAACCAUGCUUCACUCAAGCCCCGUGGGGAGGCAUUAAACGCAGUGGUUUUGGUCGUGAAUUAGGAGAAUGGGGACUUGAUAAUUACUUAAGUGUGAAGCAAGUGACUCAGUAUAUCUCUGAUGAACCUUGGGGCUGGUACCAGUCUCCUUCAAAGCUGUGAUAGGUAUCUAAAAGAGUGACAUGAAAUAAGGUGUGGAUAGUACCAAAUAACGGUUAUGAUCCCGAAGUAUGUCUAUGUGUAACAGUAGAACUGGUUUGCAGUCAUGUUAAUGCUGGUAGUGUUUUUAUUUGAUUUGGUUAUGGUUAGCUCCAGUUCCACCUCGAAUAAUUGAAUUUCAUCAUGAAAGACUUCUCUGAGCUCUAGUUCGCUCAGACUGAAAUAUCAUUCCUGCCAUGAUCCAUGCCACUCUUUUUUCUUGAGGGGUUGGGGAACUGGAUUGCCUGCAGUCAUGAUCUAAAGGAUUGUAAUUUUAUUUUCUUAUAUUUUAUUAAUUUUACACGUGUUGGAAAAUAAAAUUAAGGACAGAGAUUGAGCUUC